CGAGGCUACAGAGCUGACGGGGUGGAUCAUAGUGAGGAGCGAGCGGCGACCCAGGCCAGGCAGGCAGGCCUGAAGUUCGCAGUGCGACACUGGGGAGUUGAGCAGUUUCGAGGCUGAGGCCCCGAGUGGAGCGCCAUGCCGCGAAAGAAGCCAUUCAGCGUGAAACAGAAGAAGAAGCAGUUGCAGGAGAGGCGGGAGCGGAAAAGGCAGGGCUUCCCUGAUGGCGUGCGGUCCAGCUCCCACAGCCGGAGCGGGAGUCACGACCGGCACGAGGAGCAGACGGACACGUCGGACAGCGAGUCCUUCUCCCUGCAGGUCCGGAAGAUCAACCAGCAGCCGGCGCUGCGGAAGCCGGGAGAGCAGGGAUACGACCCCAACAGGUUCCGGCUGCACUUCGAGAAGGAGAGCCGGGAGGAGAUCGAGCGCAGGAAGAAGUUAAUGCAGGAGAAGAUCGUGGAGCUCAUUCCGGAGACCGAACUGGAGGUGGACAUUGACGACAUCUACAAGCCUGGCUCCGUGUUGGAUUUCCCAAAGCGCUCCCCCUGGAACUACUCGAUGACGAAGGAACAGCUCCUGGUGCAGGAGGAGAAGGCUUUCCGCGAGUACCUGGAGAAGAUCUACAGCACAUUCGAUCCCGCCAAGCUCAGUUACUUUGAGCACAACUUGGAGACCUGGCGGCAAUUGUGGAGAGUUUUGGAAAUGUCCGACGUCGUUCUACUGAUCACAGACAUCAGGCACCCGGUGAUUCACUUUUCCCCAGUGCUCUAUGACUACGUGACCCAGGAGAUGAAGAGGAGCCUUAUCCUGGUUCUGAACAAGAUCGACCUUGCUCCGCCCUCUCUGGUGGCAGCCUGGAAGCAUUAUUUCCAGCAGAAAUUCCCUCAGCUCCACGUCCUCUGCUUCACAUCGUACCCACGGGAGAAACAGGGCGAGACAGAUCCCAGCACAGUGUUUCAGAAGCGGAGGAGACGGAGGAGAAUCCGGACGAUGGCAGUGGGCCCCCGGCAGCUCCUUAAAGCCUGCGAGACCAUCACACAGGGCAAAGUGGACCUGACCAGCUGGAGGGAGAAGAUGGAGAGGGACGCCGCGAGCACUCACCGUGAGGAGCUGACGGACGAGGAGGAAGAGGAGGAGGAGGCCGUGCUGGUGGAGCACCAGACUGACGCAGCCAUGGAGCUGUGCACGGCCACGGACGAGCUCUACAAGGAUGGUAUCCUCACCGUGGGCUGUGUGGGAUUCCCAAACGUGGGCAAGUCGUCCCUCAUCAACGGGCUGGUGGGGAAGAAGGUGGUGAGUGUGUCAAGGACCCCGGGGCACACCAAAUACUUCCAGACCUACUUUCUGACGCCCACAGUCAAACUGUGCGAUUGCCCCGGUCUGGUCUUCCCCUCGCUCGUGGACCGUCAACAACAGAUCCUGGCUGGGAUUUACCCAAUCGCUCAGAUCCAGGAGCCCUACACCUCAGUCGGCUACCUGGCCGCCCGGAUCCCCGUACAGAAGUUGCUGAAGCUCCAGCACCCGAGGGCGACAGGGGAGGGUUCCGAGGAGCAGGCACAGGCCGAGUACACCGCCUGGGACCUCUGUGAAGCCUGGGCGGAGAAGAGAGCCUACAAGACGGCCAAAGCGGCUCGGAACGACGUGUACCGUGCUGCCAACAGCAUCCUGCGUCUGACGGUGGACGGGCGCCUGUGUCUCUGCAUGCGGCCUCCAGGAUACACGGCGCAGAAAGCGCACUGGCUGCAGCACAGCGAGACGCAGGAGAUCGCUGCCCUCCAGGAGGCCCACCGGCAGCUGCAAGGCAAGCAGAGCUCGGAGGAGGAGGACGAGAUCUCCAGCUCCGACCAGGAGGACGACGAGAGGGACCGCGACGCCGAUGAGGAGGAGGAGGAGGACGAGGAGGGUGAGGAGAAGGGAGAAGCGUGGCGCAGGGGAGAGCAAUGCCCAGCACUGGCCAGGGGAGCACUGCUCAGCACCAAUAAGUUUUCCCUCCUGGGAGAGGACGAGUGUUGACAUCCUGGUGUUCUCAGUGUGUCCGGCUGGGAUGGUGGGACCAGGGACUCUUUGGAGGAGAGAAAUCGGAUGCAUGAGCAUCUUCUGGCAGGUGCGUUGCCCCUGCUGUGUAUUAAUUACUUCAUUCCGGAGUGCAUAGAGGAGCCCCAUUCCUGACCUUGCUGUGAAUGUACUGCUCUGUUCCAAUAAAGCUUUAUUUACCUUAAACAUGGCUGCUUAACAUCGUGGGCGCAUAAUGUUGUCAAAGGCACCGAGCACCAUGGAGAGCGAUGAGAGGGAGCUGGAUGACAUCAGUACAGGCGGGGAUGGAGUGAUAGUUACAUUGUGAGGGAGCUGGAUUAAUGUCGGUACAGGUGGGGAUGGAGUGAUAGUUACAUUGUGAGGGAGGUGGAUUAAUGUCAGUACAGGUGGGGAUGAAGUGAUGGUUACACUGAGGGAGCUGGAUUAAUGUCGGGACAGGCGGGGAUGGGGUGAUAGUUACAUUGUGAGGGAGCUGGAUUGAUGUCAGUACAGGCAGGGAUGGAGUGAAGGUUAUGUUGUGAGGCAGCUGGAUUAAUGUCAGUACAGGCAGGGAUGGGUUGAAGGUUAUGUUGUGAGGGAGCUGGAUUAAUGUCGGUACAGGCGGGGAUGGGAUGAUAGUCACAUUGUGAAGGAGCUGGAUUAACAACACGUACAAAAUAUGAAACAAAGAUCGGUGUCCAUAACAGAUCACGAAUGAUGCAGAAAUAAAUGUUUAAUUUGGAACUGUUUCUAUCCUCAGAUAUUUUGUUUAUUACUAAGUGUGAAAUUAACUCUUUAUGGACAGUUUAGUGCCAAGGCUGGGGACGGAUGCCUUGAGGCACCUCUUGAUGGUAGGGUGGGUCGUACCCGGGGUGGAACUGGCCGAAUCUACAACACUGCGGCCUCUUACGACCCUGCGCAUCGCAAGUUCCAUACCAGAUGGUGAUGCAGCCAGUCAGAAUGCUCUCCACCGUAAACCGGUAGAAAUUUGCUGUGCAGUUUUUGUAACAUGGCAGAUCUAGAGAGAGACACAGAGGAACCUCUGGCUCUGUGAGGCAGCAGUUUUACCCACUGACACAGGUGACUCCCUGCAGCAUCCGUAGGCUGGCAGAUGACAAAUUGUGCAUGUAAACACUGUCCAAGAAGGAGCCACCUUUGCGGAGGGGCUUGAGGGCAUCUUUGACGAUCUUCUGUCCUUGGGACGAGGCUGAUAGGGGUACAGAGUGGGUUGGGCUGUGGUGUUUAUGGUGGAGUGACGUGAGGGGAGGGGGUCUCAGUUGGUCUGUGUGUGAGCGAUUACAACGGCCUGUGGUGGAGGUAGUGAUGUGAGGUCCUGAACUUGCCCCUUGGAGCUGUGACACAUUAUUCUGCGUUCUGUUACUGUUUUACAAUGCACUGUUUUACAAUACAGAUUUGAUCUGUAUGAACAGUAUGCAAGACACGUUGUUCACUGUUCGUCAGUCCACGUGACAAUAAUGAACAAAUUCCAAUUCCAGUUCUGGCAGAAGAGAGUGCCGUUGACCUUUCUAUCCAGAGUUAACGCUUUUAGAGUUGGUGAACUCUCUGCCACCUCAUCUAGUCAGGAGGCUGUGUUCCCUCCUGCUUGGUAUUGAAGUCUCCUAGGUGGAUCGAUACACAAUCUGUUGAGCAGAUGUGCAGUUGAGGGGGUGGUUUGAGAACUUGCAUCUGGACUGGGUUUCCUCUCCCCUCCCCUCAGAUGCUGCUCGACCCACUGAGUUUCUCCAGCAGAUUGUUGCUGCAGACUCCAGCAUCUGCUGUCUCUUGUGUCUCCCUGGUUAAGAAAUGGGAAGGGGUUUGGAGGGCUCUGGUCUGGGUGCAGGUCAACAAAACUAGGCAGAAAACCAGGCCAGCGCGGACUAGAUGGGCCAGAGUUUCUCAGCUGUUGUGCUCCAUGAAUCUAAGACUGAACUUCGGUUGUUUUUUUUUUCUGAAGCUUAAGAAACUGAGAAGGAUUGAAGAUAAUGAGAGGCGUAGAUGGGUGUAAAGUCGGUCCUUUUCGUGUGGGGAAUGUCACUUCUACAGCCUCUGGCUGUGGGGCUAAUGCACGAUGGGUCUGUGUUAGAGUGAGCAGGAGGGUCCUGGGGCACUUGCUUACCUGAGGGAGAGCACCAAGGCUGGAUCCCUUGGAGUUUAGAAGAAUGAGGGGUGACCUUACUCGGACCCUGGUAAGGGGCCAGUCGUUUAAGACUAAGGCGGGCGGGGGGGGGAGGUUGCUGCGGGAGCGUAGUGGUUAGCACGAUGCUAUAACUCCUCAGGGUGUCAGAGUUCAGAGUUCAAUUCCGGCAUCCUCUGUAAGCAAGUUUAUACGUUCCCUCUGAUGGUGUGGGUUUCCUCCAGGUGCUCCGGUUUCCUCCCACAGACCGGUUAGGAGGGUAAUUGGUCAUUGUAACUUGCCCCAUGGUUAGGCUCGGGUUAAAUCGGUGGGUUGCUGGGCAGCGCUGCUCAAAGUGCCGUGUUUUCUCUUGAAACGAUCUUGACAGAAGUGAAUCUCGGGAAUUCUCUGCUCCCAAGUGUAGUGGAGGCUGGAUUGCAAAGUGGAGAUUGAUGAGUCUUUCACAGAUAGAGGAAUUAAGAGCCAUGGGGAAACGGCACAGGAAGAGGUCGGCCGUAGGACAGUACAGGCCCUUCAUCCCACAGUGUUUGUGCUGAUGAUCGGAAUCUAACUGAUCCCACUCUCUGCACAGGGUCUGUAUCCGUCUGUUCACUGCCUGUCUGAAGGCCUCUGUUGCUACUGUAUCUGCCUCCACCAUGGUCCCUGGCAGUGUGUUCCAUGCACCCACCACUGCUCUUAAACUUCCCUACUCUCACCAUAACCUGUGCCCUCUGUUAUUGAUAUCUCUCCCCAGGACUUUACACCCAUCUACGCCUCUCAUUAUUUUUAUCACCCCUCAGUUUCUUAAGCACCUGGUUAAGCUCAUCCCACCUCUCCGUAUAGCUAAUGCACAAAAAUCCAGGCAGCCUCAACUUCCCGGUGAACCACUUCUGCACCCUCGCCAAAGCCCACCCACGCUCACUGUAAUGGGGUGCUCUGGUCUCUGCAGUCCAAAGGCGUACAGCUGGGGUUUAGGUUCGUAAGUUGUGGACAUGUUAUAUUGGCGCCGGAAACGUGGUGACUCCCAGCACAAUCCUCAGGCUGUGUAGAUCAAUGACACAUUUCACUGUACGUUUUAAUCUAUGUGUGACAAAUAAACCUGAUCUUUAAAUAUUUUAAAUCUUUAAUCUUUGCUCCAAACGUGGGCUAAUCAAAGAUUUGUGCAGCUGCAACAUGGCUCCCUGAUUCUUAUACUCGGUGCCUGACUGACACCAUUUGUGUUCUUUAUCAUUCUAUCUACUUGCAGUGAGCUACAGACCUGUUCACCAAUUUCAGUGUUAAGGGUCCUGCCGUGAACUGUUUACGUACCUUCCCCUUGUAUUUGACCUCCCAAGCGGCAUCACCUGACCUUUGUCCAGAUUAAACACCAUCUGCCAUUUCUCUGCCCAUCUCCCCAACUGAUGCAUAGUCUGUUGUAUCCUUUGACAACCUUCCUCACUAUCCACAAUUACACUGAUUUUUGUGUUGUCUGCAAAUCUACUAAUUGGACCACCUAUAUAUUCAUCCAAAUCAUUUAUACGUGUUACAAACGACAGAGGUCCCAGCACUGAUCCUUGUGGAUGGAGGAGAACCACGGGUUACGGACGUCAGAUCAGAAAAAACCUCUUUGCUGUGAUCACGUUGAAUGGUGGGGCAGGUUUGAGGGGCAUGGUGGUUAAAAAUUUAUAAUGUUUGUCCUUAGUCCUGAUGAAGGAUCCUGGCCUGAGACGGCGACUGUUUUCGAUUCCAUAGAUGCUGCCUCACCUGCUGAGUUCCUGCAGCAUUUUGUGUGCGUCGCUGUGGAUUUCCGGCAUCUGCAGAACCUCUUGUGCUCUAGUGUUUGCGAUGUUCUGUGGGAAAGGCCACAGCGUAAGGUCCUGCUGUCACCAGACACCAGCGGGAAGACUAGCCUCUCCAAAUCAGAAUCAGGUUUACUGUCACUGACGCAUGGCAGGAAAUUGGUUGUUUUGUGGUGGAACAAAUUACUGUGAGAUAAAAUUUUAAAAUAAGUUGUUCAAAAGAUGAAUAGUGAGGUAGUGUUCAUGGGUCCAAAAGUCUGAUAGCAGUGAGGAAGAAGCUGUUCUUGAAGUGUUGAAUGUGGGUCUUCAACUUCAUGAACCUUUCCCCGAUUGUAGUACUGAGAAGGGGAUGUGUGCCAGACAGUGAGGUCCUUAGUCACAGACACUGCCUUAGUGAGGCACUGCCUUUUGUCAAUGUCCUUGGUGUGGGGAGGCUUGUUGACUGAUGAAACAUUGGUGCUUUGUACAGAGUAUAUACAAAGCCAGAAUGUGCAUAUUUGAUGUGACUCUGACUAUAAAGAAGGACUGGAACUGAGGGGAUUGUAAUUUCUGUAGAUACGUUUAUGAAUGAAGUUUAUUUUGGAAAUGUUUAAGAUCAGCUCAUUUCUGAGAACACAGUCUGAAGGCACGCUGGGGACAUCCGGAAGUGUUGCCACACAUUCUGGCACUCCAGUGUAGCAUAUCCAUGAUGUUCAGAGCAACACACAAACAAAACACAGUAAACAACAAAACAAACCCAUUUCCUGCAUCUCUACACACCCACACACAAAGAAAGGUCUCCAACCCUGGGACAGGCCUUGGCGGGCCCUCUGACCUGCAGACUGUGGCCCCAGACUCAAUGGAAUGAUGCACCACCUCUGUAAGGAAACGUGGAAUGCUACACCAGUCCAUUGUGGCUGGGGAGUGGGUACUUCUCCCCAUCUCGAAUCUCAGUGUUGGGGUCAUAAGACCAUAGGAUGUGGGACCAGAAUUAGGCCAUGGAGCUCAUCAAGCCUGCUUUGCCAUGACUGAUUUAUUAUGCCUCUCAAACCCAUGCUCCUGCUUUCUCCCCGUAACCUUUGACACCCUGACUGAUAAAGAACAUAACAAGCUCCACUUUAAAUAUGCCCAAUGACUUGGCCUCCACAGCCACCUGUGGCAAUGGAUUCCCCAGAUUCACCACCCUCUGGCUACAGAAAUUCCUCCUCAUCUCUGUUCUAAAUGGAUGUCUCAACUCUGAGACUGUGCCUUUGGUCUGAGACUCCCCCACUAUUGGAAACAUCCUCUCCACAUCCACUCUAUCGUGUCCUUUCAAUGGUAUCACCUCUCAUUCUUCUAAACUCCAGUCUAGAAGACAGGCUCAGAGACCUCAACUGCACCCCAUAUGUUAACCUUUUGAUUCCUGGGGUCAUUUUCGUGAACUACCUCUGGACCCUGUCCAAUGCCAGCACAUCUUUUCUUAGAAAAGGGGCCAAAAACUGCUCACAAUGCUCAAAGUGUCUUCUGCCCAAUGCCUUAUAAAACCUCAACAUUACGUCCUUGUUUUUUUAUAUUCUAGUCCUCUUGAAAAGAAUGCUAACAUUGCAAUUGCCUUCCUCACCACCGACUUCACCUUAGAGCAGGGGUUCCAAACCUGGGGUCCAUGAUCCCUUCUGUUCAUGGUAGGGAUCCGUAGCAUAAAAAGGGUUGGGAACCCCUGCUUUAGGGAAUCAGCACGAGGACUCCUUUGUACUUCUGAUUUUUGAAUAUUAGAAAGUAGUUCAAACCUUUAUCCCUUCUACCAAAGUGCAUGAACAUACACUUCCCAACGCUAUAUUCCAUCUGCUAAUUCUUUACCCAUUCUCUAAAUCUGUCUAAAUCCUCCUGCAGACUCCCUGCUUCCAAAGAACUACCUGCCUCUCCACCUAUCUUCAUAUCAUCUGCAAAUUUGGUCAUAAACCCAUCAAUUCCGUCAUCCAAAUCGUUGACAUGUAACACGAAAAGAAGUGGUCCUAAUAACGACCCCUGUGGAACACCACAAGUCACCGACAGCCAGACAGAAUAGGCCACCUUCAUUCCAACUCUUAGCCUCCUACCAAUCAGCUAAUCUUCUAAAAAUCCAAUUUUUUUUUUAGUUGCUUUGUGUUGGUUUUUAAAAGCUUCCCAAUGAGAUCCUACCACCAAACACAUCUUUAGCUCCCCCCACCUCUCCACUUUCUGCAAGGAUUGCUCCUUCUGUGAAUCCCUUGUCCACUUGUUCCUCUCCACUAAUCUCCCUCCUGGCACCUAUCCCUACAAGCCAUAGAAGUGCUGCAUCUAACCAUUCACCUCCUCUCCUACCUCCACUCAGGGCCCCAAACCGUCCCUACAGGUGAGGCAACACUUUACCUGCAAAUCUAUUGUAUGCAGUGCUCCUGAUGCAGCCCCCUCUGUACUGGUGAGACCCAAUAUAAACUGGAGGACACUACUAUGUCGAGCACCUCUGCUCCACCCACCAAAAGCAGAAUUUCCCAGUGGCCAACCAUGUUAAUUCUUAUAACACACAUCAAAGUUGCUGGUGAACGCAGCAGGCCAGGCAGCAUCUCUAGGAAGAGAUGCAGUCGACGUUUCAGGCCGAGACCCUUCCCCAUUCCCAUUCCAACAUGUCAUUCUAUGGCCUUUACUUUUGUUACAAAGAGGCCCCUCUCAGGGUGGAGGAGCAACACCUCGUAUUCCAUUUCGGUCGCCUCCAACCUCUUUCUCCUUCCAGUAACUUUUUCUUAUUCCCACCCCUUCAGUGUUCUUCUAUUCCCUGCUCUGGCUUCUUAGCUCUUCUAUCACCUCCCCCCGGUGACCCUCAUUCUUCCCUUUUCUCCCAUGAUCCACUCUCCUCUCUUAUCAGGUUCCUUCUUCUCCAGUCCUUUACCUUUCCCACCCAACAAGCUUCAUCCAUCACCUUCUAGCUAUCCUCCUUCUCCUCCCCUACCUUUUUAUUUUGGACUCUUCCCCCUUCCUUUCCAGUCCUGAUGAAGGGUCUUGGCCCAAAACAUUGACGGUUUAUUCAUUUCCAUAGAUGCAGCUUACCCUGCUGUAUUCUUCCAACAUUUGUGUAUGUUGCUUUGGAUUUUCAGCAUCUGCAGAAUCUCUUGUGUUUAAUACAUGUCCUCUCUUUCGCUUUUAAGCUGUCUUUGACUUCCCUUAUCGGUUACCUCAACCUUCCUUUAGAAUACUUAUUCAUCUUUGGGAUGCAUCUAUCCUGCGCCUUCCGAAUUGCCCCCAGAAACUCCAGCCACUGCCGUUCUGCCAUCAUCCCUGCUAGUGUUCCCUUCCAAUCAACUUUGGCCAGCAACUCUCUCAUGCUUCUGAAAUUCCCUUUACUCCACUGUCAUACUGAAACAUCUGACUUUAGCUUCUCCCUCUCAAACUCCAAUCGUAUUAAGAUUACUGCUUCCUAAGGGUUCCUUUACCUUAAGCUCACUAAUCAAAUCUGGUUCACUACACAACAUCCAAUCCAGAAUACCUUUCUCCUAAUGGUCUCAAUCACAAUCUGCUAUAAAAAAUCUAUCUCGUAGGCUUUCUGCAAUCUCCCUAUCUUGAGGUCCAGCACCAGCCUGAUUUUCCAAAUCUAUAUGCAUAUUGAAAUACCCUAUGAUUAUUGCAAAAGUGCCCUUUUCUAUUUCCUGUUCUAAUUUGCAUUCCACAUCCUGGCGACUGUUUGGAGACCUCUAUAUAACUCUCAUCAGAAUCUUUUAACCUCUUGCUCUACCCACAAGAAUUCUAUAUCUUCUGAUCCUAUAUCAUUUCCUUUCUAAGGAUUUGAUUUCAGUUUUUACCAACAGAGCCCCCCCCCACCCACCUCCUCUGCCUUGCUGCAUGUCCUUUCCAUCCAAGGUCUAUCCUUGGAUUUUAAGCUCCCAGCUAUGAUCUUCUUUCAGCCAUGUCUCAGCAAUACACACAUCAUACCUGUCAAUCUCUAACUGUGCUACAAAAUUUUCUACCUUAUUCCUUAUACUACACACAUAACGCCUUCAGUCCUGAAUUCAUCACAAUUCACUUCAACUCAUCCCAUGCACUACAAUUUUGCCCUAUCAUCUGCAUGUCCGUCCUCUCAGUCUCACAACACUGCACCCUCUUGUAUAGCAACUGCCCGUCCUCAGCCCUAUCACUCCAGCUCCCAUUCUCCUGUCAGAUUAGUUUAAAUUCUCCCAAGUAACUCCAGCAAACCUGCCCGCAAGGAUAUUGGUGCCCCUCGGUUUCAGGUGCAACCCAGUCUUUUCGUACAGAUCACAUCUUCCGCAGAAGAGAUCCCAAUGAUCCAAAAAUCUGGAAACCCUGUCGCAGCACCGAUUCCUCAGCCACAUAUUCAUCAUCUAAAUCGUUCUAUUCUUGCCCUGACUGGUGCAUGGCACAGGCAGCAAUCCAGAGGGUACUAUCCAGGAGGUCCUGCUUUUCCCAUUUCCCUAUAUUCUUUUUCAGGAUCUUCCUUUCCUACCUAUGUCAUUGGUACCCAAAUGUAGUAAAAGUAAAAGCUUUCUUUAAGUCUGUUUUUUUUAAAAAAGAGAUGAGAGUGGAUAUAGGACCGCUAGAAAAUGAGGAUGGAGAAAUAAUAAUGGGGGACAAGGAGAAGGCAUGAUGAACUAAAUGAGUAUUUUGCAUCAGUUGUCACUGUGGAAGACACUUGGCAAUGUAUCAGAUGUUGAAGGGUGUGUGGGAGAGAAGUGGGUGCAGUUACUAUUACAAGGGAGAAGGUGCUCAAGAAGCUGAAAGACCUAAGGGUGCAUAAGUCACCCGGACCAGAUGAACUGCACCCUAGGGUUCUGAAAGAGGUAACGUUAGAGAUUGUGGUGGCAUUAGAUAGAAAUGAUCUUUCAAAAAUCAUUGGACUCUGGCAUUGUGGCAGAGGACUGGAAAAUUGCAAAUGUCACUCCACUUUUAAGAAAGGAGGAAGGCAUCAGAAAGGAACUUAUAGACCAGUUAUCCUGAUCUCAGUGAUUGGGAAGAUGUUGGAGUCAAUUGUUAAGGAUGAGGUGAUGGAGUACUUGGUGACACAGGACAAGAUAGUACAAAGUCAGCAUGGAUUCCUUAAGAGAAAUUCUUGUCUGACGAACCUGUUGGAAUUCUUUAAGGAGAUUGCAAGUAGGAUAGAUAAAGGGGAUGCAGUGGAUGUUGUAUAUUUGGACUUUCAGAAGACCUUUGACCAGGUGCCACACUUGAGGCUGCUUGCCAAGUUAAGAGCCCAGGGUAUUACAGGAAAGUUACUAACAUGGUUAGAGCAUUGGCUGAUUGGUAGGAGGCAGUGAGUGGGAAUAAAAGGAUCCUUUUCUGGCUGGCUGCCAGUGACUAGUGGUGUGCUGCAGGGACUGGUGUUGGGACGGCUUUUUAUGCUUUGUAUGUCAAUUGAUUUAGAUGAUGGAAUAGAUUAGAAUUUAUUUAAGUCUUACAUCCAUUCCACAAUGUGAGGGAGUAAAAAUCUUUGCGUUAUGACUCCAUUGCAAAGUACAGACAUGUGAAUUUAUAAAUCUAAUGGCUUGUAGAAAGAUACUGUCCUGUAGCCUGUUGGUCCUGGCUUUAAUUCUGAAGAACCAUUUCCCAGAUGGAAGCAGCUGAAACAGUUUAUGGUUGGGGUGACUGGUGUCCCUGAUGAUCUUCCAGGCCUUCUUUCUGCACCUGCUGCUGUUAAUGUCCUCAAUGGAGGGAGGUUCACAUCCACAGAUGUGCUGUGCUGUCCGUACCACUCUCUGCAGUGCCCAGCGAUCAAGGCUGGUGCAGUUCCUGUCCCCCAGGUGGUGAUACACCCAGGAUGCCCCUGUAGAAGGUCUUGAUUUGGGAGCCCAUGCCGAACUCCUUCAGUUGCCUGAGGUGGAAGAGAUGCUGUGUGCUUCUUAUUUUGCCAUAAAACUGGUGUGUACAGUCCAGGUAAGAUCACUGAUGUUGUGUAUACUGAGGAACUUGAAACUACUUUGUUUUUGGCUUUGUUAUCAAGAUUGGUGGAGGGGAAGAUGGUGUUGAGGAAACAGGUAGGAUGCAGAAGGACUUAGAUAAAUUGGGAGGAUGGGCAGAAAAGUGGCAAAUGAAAUACAAUGUUGGAAAAUGCAUGGUCAUACACUUUGGUAGAAGAAAUAAAUAUGCAGACUAUUUUCCAAAUGGGGAGAAAAUCCAAAACUCCGACAUGCAAAGGGACUUGAGAGUCCUUGUUCAGAACACACUAAAGGUUAACUUGCAAGUUGAGUUGGUGGUGAGGAAGGCAAAUGCAAAGUCAGCAUUCAUUUCAAGAGGUCUAGAGUACAAGAGCAGGGAUGUGAUUCUGAGGCUAUAUAAGGCACCCUCACCUUCAGUAUUCUGAACAGGUCUGGGCUCCUCAUCUAAGAAAAGAUGUGCUGGCAUUGGAGAGGAUUCAGAGGAGGUUCACAAGGAUGAUUCUAGGAAUGAAAGGUUAUCAUUCAGGGAACGUUUGAUAGCUGUGGGUCUGUACUUGCUGGAAUUUAGAAGGAUGAGGGGUGGGGUCUCAUUGAAACCUUUCGAAUGUUGAAAGGCCUAGACAGUGUCGAUGUGGAAAGGAUGUUUCCCAUGGUGGGGGAAUCUAGGACAAGAGGGCACAGCCUCAGGAAAGAGGAGUAUCCAUUUAAGAGACACAAAGAAAUUUCUUUAACCAGAGGGUGGUGAAUUUGUAGAAUUUAUUACCGCAGGCAAUGUGGAGCCCAGGUUGUUGGGUGUAUUUAAGGCAGAGCUUGAUAGGUUCUUGAUUGGACAUGGCAUCAAAAGUUACGGGGAGAAGGCUGGGGAGUGGGGCUGAGGAGGGGGAAAAAGGAUCAGCCAUGAGUAAAUGGAGCAGAUUCGAUGGGCCAAAUGAUCUAAUUCUACUCCUAUGUCUAAUGGUCUUGCGUACCAUGACUUCUGUCUGCUCCCCCUCCCCCUUUAGAAUGCUGUGAACCUGAACUGAGACAUCCCUGACCCUGGCACUUGGAAAGCAAUAUACCAUCUGGGUGUCUCUUUCACGUCCACAGAAUCUGCUGUCUGCUCCUCUAACUCAGGAAUCCCUUAUCACUACUGCACUCUUCGUCUUUCCUCCUCCCCACCCCCCCUCCAUUCCCUUCUGAGCCACAGAGUCAGACUCAGUGCCAGAGACUCGGUCUCUGCAGCUUAUCCAUGUUCUGUCAUCACCCACCAACCCCAACAGCAUCCAAAGCGGUAAACUUAUUAUUGAGGGGAACAGUCACAGGGAUACUCUGUACUGUCUGCCUAUUCCUAUUCCUGUUCCCUCUCCUGACUGUCACCCAUGUACCUGUCUUCCAUAACUUAGCAGUGACUACCUCCCUGUAGCCUCUAGCUUGCACCUCCUCAUUCCCCCAUAUGAACCGAACGCCAUCAACUGCGGCUCCAGUUCCUUAACUUGGUCUCUAAGGAUCUGCUGUUCAGUGCAUCUCACGCAGAUGUAGUUAUCAGGAAGGCUGUAGGUCUCUCAGAGUUCCCAUAUAACAUCACUAGCCCUGGACCCAUUCUCAGUGCACUACCUUUGUACUGAUAGAGAAAGAAAGCUAAUAGUAACUAGAAAUUUACUUAGAGCCGAUUCCUGUUCUUGCUGAAGUCUGUUGACCACUCUAACACUGAGGAAAGGAAGGGGUUAAUUCUUGACACAACACAGGGAAGAAUUUCUGGAAAGACACCUCACAAUUAACCAGAAAGGAUAACCUGUGUUCCUGUAGACCAGAGUCUGGGAUACACAGGAAUGCACAAGGUUACAAAGUGGUGGACUUAGCCAGUUCUGUCACAGAAGCAGCUCUUCCCACCACUGAGGAUAUCUGUGGGGCUG